AGACGUAUAAAACCAAGCAAUUCAAGUGUCCUCUCUUCGCUAAUCACCUCUUGCCAAACUUGUGUUAACGAUACAACACAACACCAAAAGAAAAAAACCACAUCUUAUAAUAACUAUAGAUUAUAGUUGAUUAAUUAGUUCAAAAAGUAAAAAUUAUAAUUGAUUAAGCUUCACUUAAUCAAUUUAAUCAUGGAGUUUUUCAAUAAAUCAAAAGUGAUUAAGCUUCGAAGCCAUUUAGAUAAGUACCUAAUAGUCGACGACGACAAAAUCAGCAAAAUCAAAAUCCGUCAGAGCAGAAACGGAACAGUUAGAAGAGCUGAAUGGACGGUUGAAGAAGUAGAGAAUCGUCGUCACGUGAUACGGUUAAAGAGCUAUAACGGAAAAUACUUAACGGCAACGGAAAUACCGUUUCGGUUAGGCGUGACGGGAAAAACGGUUAUAUUGACGGAGUUAGAUGAAGGUUUAGUAGAUGGAAGAAACGAGUGGGAACCGAUAAGGGAUGGGUUUCAGAUAAAGUUGAGGAGUUGGUGUGGGAAGUAUUUAAAGGGAAACGGCGGAGCGCCGCCGUGGAGGAACAGCGUGACGACGGAUGAUUUUUUUGGUUCUGUGAAACAGGAUUGUGUUCUAUGGGAUGUUGAAGCUGUGAUGGAAGAGAAUAUGAAUGAAAUAGUUUUUGAGAGAUUGUUAUCGUCUUUUGCUUCUGAUGAUGUUUCUUUUAGCUCUGAUACGGAGUCUCCGAUGUCUGUUUUCUCCCUUUCGUCACCGCCGGCAACAGAGAAUUUUCAGACAACAAAACCCAACAAGCUACGAACUGGAAUGGACUUCUUCCACAGAGCAAAAGCAGUCCGUCUCAAAAGCCACCACGACAAAUACCUUCUAGCAGAAGAAGAUGAAGAGUCCGUCACACAACACAGAAACGGUUCCUCAAAAAACGCUAAAUGGACAGUCGAGUAUGUCCCAGAUUACGACAACGUUAUCCGUCUCAAAAGCUGUUACGGCAAAUACCUCACAGCUUCCGACCAGCCUUUCCUUCUCGGCAUGACGGGUCGCAAAGUUCUUCAAACACUUCCAAAUACAAUCGAUUCGUCUGUUGAAUGGGAGCCCGUUAGAGACGGUGUUCGUGUGAAGCUGAAGACACGGUAUGGGAAUUUUCUUAGAGGGAACGGUGGGUUGCCACCGUGGAGGAAUACUGUGACGCAUGAUAUUCCUCAUAGAACUGUUACUCAGGAUUGGAUUUUGUGGGAUGUUGAUGUUGUUGAGAUUAAUGUUAGUAAACAUGGUUCGGAUCCAGCUUUUGAAAACAACAACACGCCUUCACCUGCUGUUGUUGUGCCUACUGUUUCUGCAAGCUUUUCUAGGCAACAGUCUAAUGAAUUGAGUGUUGGUGUCUCUCCAAAGACGAAAGAGGGUAGGGUUAUAUAUUACCAUGUUGCUGAAGAUGAUAGAGAGGUGAGUGAUGAAGGUGUGGAAGGAUAUUCUUUGAUUUUCAAAGGGAAUGGAGUUGAUGAUUUGAGAAAGAAGUUUGAGGAAGAGACAGGACUAGAGGGAAUCAUUGUGUGUAAUAAGAGUCCUUUGAAUGGAAAACUGUAUCCUCUUCGCUUGCAGCUUCCUCCAAACAAUGUCACUAUGCAUGUUGUUUUGGUUCUUCCCUUCUCAAAAGUGGCAACAGAGUUGGAGGCACAAGGUUUGCUUUGAGAAGCCAAAUUUUGCAACACACAACCUUUGUACAUGCUACAUACUGGUUCAAGCUUGUGAGUGUAAUAUGUGAAAACAGUUAUGAUUUGAGAAUGUUUUGUACUAGUCCAUUGCAUUUAUUCAUCAGAUUCCUAUGGAAGCAUCUUAAAACAGUGAUGGAAAUGGAUCGUAAGUACUACAGCAAUUACCAUUCAUGAAUGAAUAGGAUAGGCAAUUCUGAUGGUGCUUUUGUUUAUAGACUUUUUGAUUGGAUUAAUUUAGUGUUGUUCGAUGGUUUUGUAAUAUACUCUAAGGCAUAUGUAUAUAUAAAUUUAUGCUUUACAUCUGAA